AUGGCGAGCUCUGCGAACCAGCCUCCGGCCGAAGCGGAAGCCCGUGGGGCGCUCGGGUCCCCAGACGAGCAGAAGCCGGCGAAGGAGAAGAACAAGGUGGACGCGGGAGCCGACCAGGUCGAGCAGGAGCCGGCCCGGUCGAGCAGGAGCUCCGACGAUGGCUCGACCUCGGACGACGACGAAGACGGCGAGGCCGGAGGGCUUCUGCGCCGCCACGACACCUCGGCCAUGAUUGAGCAGAACGAAAGGUCCGAGAUUGUGCGCAUCGCCACGGCCCUCUCCAGAAGACGAUCCAGCGUGGCCGUCCCGCAGGUCGGUCCGAGCCCUCUGCCAGGCAUCGCGGAGGACCCGGCCCUCAACCCUGAGAGCACCGAGUUCGACCUCUCCAAGUGGUUGCGCAACUUCGUCGAGCAGCUGCAGGAGGAGGGGUUCGUCGCGAGACGCACCGGCGUCACCUUCAAGGACCUCGACGUCUUCGGCUCCGGCUCGGCCCUCCAGCUGCAGCAGACCGUCAGCUCCGUCCUCAUGGCCCCCGUGCGGCUCGGCGAGUUCUUCAGCUUCGGCAAGAAGGAGCCGAAGCAGAUCUUGCACGCCUUCGAGGGCCUCGUCUUGAGCGGCGAGCUCCUCGUCGUUCUCGGCCGACCCGGCUCCGGCUGCAGCACCCUCCUCAAGACCCUCUGCGGCGAGACGCACGGCCUCAACCUCGGCGAGAAGUCGUACGUCAACUACAGCGGUGUCCCGCAGAAGAAGAUGCAGAAGGAGUUCAAGGGAGAGAUGGUCUACAACCAGGAGGUCGAGAAGCACUUCCCGCACCUGACGACCGGCCAGACGCUCGAGUUUGCCGCUUCCGUCCGCACGCCCUCGCAUCGAAUCCAGGGCAUGUCGCGUGCCGAGUUCUGCCGGUACGUCGCCAAGGUCGUCAUGGCCGUCUUUGGCCUCAGUCACACCUACAACACCAAGGUCGGAAACGACUUCAUCCGCGGCGUCUCUGGCGGUGAGAGGAAGCGGGUCAGCAUUGCCGAGAUGGUGCUCGCCGGUAGCCCCUUCUCCUGCUGGGACAACUCGACGCGUGGCCUCGACUCCGCCACGGCCUUCAAGUUUGUCCGGGCCCUGCGCAUGUCGAGCGACCUUGGCUCCCACACCAACAUCGUCGCCAUCUACCAGGCCAGCCAGUCCAUCUACGACCUCUUCGACAAGGCCAUCGUCCUCUACGAGGGCCGUCAGAUCUACUUUGGCCCCGCCGACCAGGCGCGAGGCUACUUCGAGAGGCAGGGAUGGCUCUGCCCUCCUCGGCAGACCACCGGCGACUUCCUCACCUCGGUCACGAACCCUCAGGAGCGGCAAGCCCGCGAGGGCAUGGAAAGCCAGGUCCCGCGCACGCCCGAGGACUUUGAGCGAUGCUGGCGCGCCUCUCCCGAGUGCCUCGCCCUGCGGAACGACAUCGCCGCCUACGAGCAGGAGUUCUCGGCCGAGCAGCAGCACGAGAGCAUCGUCAAGUUCAGGGAGCAGAAGAACUUCCGCCAGUCCAAGCGUGUGCGGCCCAAGUCGCCCUACAUCAUCAACACCUGGAUGCAGCUGAAGCUGCUCACGAAGCGUGCCUACCAGCGCAUCUGGAACAACAUCUCGGCUUCCAUGACCCAGGCCGUCUCCCAGCUCGUCAUGGCUCUUAUCAUCGGUUCCAUCUUUUACGGCACGCCCGAUGCCACCGUCGGCUUCUACGCCAAGGGCUCCACCCUCUUCAUGGCCAUUCUCCUCAACGCCCUCACCGCCAUCGCCGAGAUCAGCGGCCUCUACGAACAGCGACCCAUCGUCGAGAAGCACGCCUCGUACGCCUUCUACCACCCGGCCUGGGAGGCGGCCGCCGGCAUCCUCGCCGACAUACCCAUCAAGUUCGUCACCGCCACCGUCUUCAACAUUGUCCUCUACUUCAUGGCCGGCCUGCGCGAGGAAGCCGGCGCCUUCUUCCUCUACUUCCUCAUAACGUACAUGUCAAUCUUCGUCAUGAGCGCCAUCUUCCGAACCCUCGCGGCCGCCACCCGGACCAUCUCCCAAGCCAUGGCCCUGGCCGGCGUCCUCGUCCUCGCUCUCGUCAUAUACACGGGCUUCGCCAUCCGCGUGCCCGAAAUGCACCCUUGGUUCUCGUGGAUCCGAUGGGUAAACCCCAUCUUCUACGCCUUCGAGAUCCUCGUCGCCAACGAGUUCCACAACCGCAACUUCACCUGUUCCGCCAUCAUCCCGCCGUACUCGCCGCCGCAGGGCGACUAUUGGAUCUGCAACGCCAUCGGCGCCGUUGCCGGUGAGUACACGGUCAGCGGGGACGCCUUCAUCGCCGAAAACUACGAGUAUUACUGGUCCAACGUCUGGCGAAACCUUGGCAUCCUCUGGGCAUUCCUCAUCGGCUUCAUGGCCUUGUACUUUCUCGUCGCCGAACUCAACUCCUCGACCACGAGCACGGCCGAGGCCCUCGUCUUCCAGCGUGGCUCCGUCCCGCAGUAUCUCCUCAAGGGGAACGGCAACGCCGGCCAGGAAGCCGGAGUCGCCGCGAAGGCGGAUGCGGCCACGAAGCCCGACGGCGGCGGCGCCGACGUCAAGGCCCUCGAGCCUCAGAAGGAUAUCUUCACAUGGCGCAAUGUCGUGUACGACAUCGAGAUCAAGGGCGAGCCUCGCAGGCUCCUCGACCACGUCUCCGGCUGGGUCAAGCCCGGGACGCUCACUGCCCUCAUGGGUGUCAGCGGUGCUGGCAAGACGACUCUUCUCGACGUACUCGCGCAGAGGACGACGAUGGGGGUCAUCACCGGCGACAUGCUCGUCAACGGCAAGCCUCGCGACGCAUCGUUCCAGCGAAAGACGGGCUACGUUCAGCAGCAAGAUCUUCACCUGCAGACGGCCACCGUCCGAGAGAGCCUACGAUUCAGCGCUAUGCUCCGCCAACCCAAGUCGGUGACCAAGAAGGAAAAGUACGCAUUCGUCGAGGAAGUCAUCAAGAUGCUCAACAUGGAGGACUUCGCCAACGCCGUCGUCGGCGUCCCGGGCGAGGGUCUCAAUGUCGAGCAGCGCAAACUUCUGACCAUCGGUGUGGAGCUCGCCGCGAAGCCGAAGCUCCUUCUCUUCCUCGACGAGCCGACGAGCGGACUCGAUUCCCAGAGCUCCUGGGCCAUCUGCGCGUUCCUGCGCAAGCUGGCCGACGCCGGCCAGGCCAUACUCUGCACAGUGCAUCAGCCCAGCGCCAUCCUCUUUCAGGAGUUCGACCGCUUGCUCUUCCUCGCCAGGGGCGGCAAGACGGUGUACUUUGGCGAAAUUGGCGAGAACUCGCGGACGCUGCUGGACUACUUUGCCUCCAACGGCGCCCGCCGUUGCGGUGACGAGGAGAACCCCGCCGAGUACAUGCUCGAAGUUGUCAACAACGGAACGAACAGCCACGGCGUGGCGUGGAACAAGGUCUGGGACGGCACUGCGGAGGCGCAGUCCGUACAAACCGAGCUGGACAGGAUUCACGGCGAAAAGCAGCAAGCCAUCGACGACAGUGGCCAGACCAAGGACGCUCGAGAGCAGUCCGAGUUUGCCAUGCCUCUGUGGACUCAGCUGGGUAUCGUCACCCAGCGAGUGUUUCAGCAAUACUGGCGAAUGCCCAGCUACAUAUUCGCCAAGUUCUUUCUCGGCACCUUUGCCGGUCUUUUCGUCGGUUUCACCUUUUUCGACGCCGAUGAUACCGAAGCCGGCACGCAGAACGUCGUCUUCUCCGUCUUCAUGCUCACCACCAUUUUCUCCACCCUCGUACAGCAGAUUCAACCCCAGUUCAUCACGCAGCGGUCACUGUACGAGGUUCGCGAGAAGCCCAGCAAGGCAUAUUCCUGGAAGGCAUUCCUCUGCGCCAACAUCAUCGUCGAGAUCCCGUUCCAGAUCGUCACCGCCGUUCUCAUCUUCGCCUGUUUUUACUACCCCGUCGUCGGGGUCCAGUCUUCGGAUCGGCAGGGGCUCGUCCUCGCCUUCGUCAUCCAACUGCUCCUCUACAGCUCCGUGUUUGCCCAUUUCACUAUCGUCGUCAUGCCGGACGCACGUACGGCGGCCAGCGUUGUGACCGUGCUGACGCUCAUGUCCAUCAUCUUCAGCGGCGUUCUCCAGACGGCCGAGGCGCUGCCAGGAUUCUGGAUAUUCAUGUAUCGCGUCAGCCCCUUCACCUACUGGAUCGGCGGCAUCGUCGCGACGGAACUGCACGGGCGACCCAUCACCUGCUCCUCCACGGAAACGUCGGUUUUCAACCCUCCGCCGGGCAUGAGCUGCGCAGAGUACCUCGCGCCGUUGGCGGGAACGGGGCCGGGCGUGCUUCAAAACCCCAACGCGACCGAGGCGUGCGCCUUCUGCCCCGUCACGACGGCCGACGAGCUUCUGGCGCCGUCGGGCAUCUACUGGUCGGAAAGAUUCAGAAACUUUGGAAUCUUUUGGGUGUACAUCGUCUUUGACGUUUGCGCCGCCGUUUUCCUUUAUUACUUUUUCAGGGUUCGGCAGCCGAAGAAGUCGCGUUUCUCUUGGCUCACCAUGCCUUGGUCCAAGAAGAAGAAGGCGAAGAAGGCUGUCGCCGCCGAAGAGCAGGCUGACGCCGCGGAGAAUAAGGCGGAGGGACGGACGGACUCAUAA